AUGGAAGCUUUUGCAAACUAUCAGAGUAAUGAAGAAGAAGCUAGAAGCAAGCUAAAGACCAUUAUUAUCCUGGAGGGUCCUCAAUUUUCAACCACCACAAGUGCUGAAGGAAUAAUCUCUCUUAAACCCGAAGCAAGCUGGACCGAAGAAGACAGAAAGAAGGUGGAGCUCAAUGCUAAAGCUGUCAACUUGCUCAACUGUGCUAUCAACUUUGAGAAAUACCGACGGGUAUCACGAUGCACAACGACAAAGGAAAUCUGGGAUAAACUUCAAAUCACUCAUGAAGGAAUCACCAUAGUGAAGAAGACUAGGAUAGACAUGCUGAACAGAGAAUAUGAAAUGUUCUCAAUGAAGGAAGGAGAAUCAAUAGAUAAAAUGUUUGAAAGAUUUAACAUUAUCAUUGUUGGCUUGGAUGCUCUGGGAAUUACAUAUCCUGAUUCUGUGCUUGUGAGGAGAGUUUUGAGAUGUCUCACAAAAGAGUAG